CAGGCCCUGCCCCUCGGCGUGCGCGGCGCCGCGGGAGGAGCAGCGGGGUCGGCAGCGCGAGCAGCCGGGCAGCAUGGCGGAGGUGCAACCGGGCCGAGCCGCCGCGGAGCACUGGCUGCGCUGGGACAAGAAUCCCAAAACCUCUGAAACAGUGAAGCACCUGCUUGAUGAAGAAAAUGCAGAUGAACUACAAACACGUUUUGGUUCACGGAUGGAGUUUGGGACAGCAGGCCUCAGAGCAGUCAUGGGGGCAGGAAUUUCUCAAAUGAAUGACUUGACUAUUAUCCAGACAACUCAGGGAUUUUGUAGAUACCUUGAAAAAAACUUCAGUGACCUAAAUAAAAGAGGCAUAGUAAUUGGCUUUGAUGCUCGUGCCCAUCCUUCCAGUGGAGGAAGCAGCAAGAGGUUUGCAAGGCUUGCUGCAACAACUUUUAUCAGUCAGGGAAUUCCAGUAUAUCUCUUCUCCAAAAUAACACCAACUCCUUUUGUGCCAUACACAAUAACUCAUCUAAAACUUUGUGCUGGAAUCAUGAUUACGGCUUCCCAUAACCCAAAGCAAGACAAUGGCUACAAGGUUUACUGGGAAAAUGGUGCACAGAUAAUAUCUCCUCAUGACAAAGGAAUCUCUGAAGCAAUUGAAGAGAACCAAGAGCCAUGGCCUGAGGCUUGGAAUGAUAGUUUGAUAGAGAACAGCUCACUACAUCAUGAUCCUUAUGCUACUAUAAAAAAGGACUACUUUAAAGAUAUACAGAAGCUAUGCUUUCACAGGAAUAUAAAUAAGGAAACAAAUCUGAAAUUUGUUCAUACUUCUGUGCAUGGCGUAGGCCAUGAAUUUGUGCAGUUAGCCUUUGAGGCAUUUGGCUUCAAACCUCCAUUUGCUGUUCCAGAACAGAAGGAACCUGAUCCAGAAUUUCCAACAGUAAAAUAUCCAAAUCCUGAAGAGGGUAAAGGUGUUCUGACAUUGUCUUUUGCUUUGGCUGAAAAAGAAGGGGCUAAAAUCAUUUUAGCAAAUGAUCCAGAUGCUGAUCGACUUGCUGUGGCAGAGAAACAAGAAAGUGGUGAGUGGAAAGUGUUUUCUGGCAAUGAGACAGGAGCUCUUUUAGGCUGGUGGAUCUUCACUUGUUGGAAAAAUCAGAAACAGGAUCCCAGUGCCAUUAAAGAUGUAUACAUGUUGUCCAGUACUGUCUCUUCCAAAAUCCUAAGAGCUAUUGCACUGAAGGAGGGCUUUCACUUUGAGGAAACUUUGACUGGGUUCAAAUGGAUGGGAAAUCGAGCCAAGCAACUUAUGGACCAGGGGAAAACUGUUUUGUUUGCUUUUGAAGAGGCAAUAGGAUAUAUGUGUAGCCCUGCUGUCUUGGACAAAGAUGGUGUUAGUGCUGCUGUUAUAGCUGCAGAGAUGUCUAGUUUUCUUGCAACCAAGAACUUGUCUUUGUCUCAACAGCUUAAAGCUGUCUAUGAAGAGUAUGGAUUCCAUAUUACUAAAGCUUCAUAUUUUAUCUGCCAUGAUCCUAAGACUAUUGAAGAACUGUUUGAGAAUCUGAGGAAUCAUGAUGGAAAGAAGAACACUUACCCAAAAUCUUGUGGUAGAUUUAAAGUUUCUGGAGUAAGAGAUCUAACAACCGGCCAUGAUAGCAGCCAACCUGAUAAAAAGGCUAUUCUUCCUACCAGUAAGAGUAGCCAAAUGAUAACAUUUACUUUUGCUAAUGGAGGAGUAGCUACUAUGAGGACCAGUGGGACAGAACCAAAAAUCAAAUACUAUGCUGAACUUUGUGCUCCUCCUGGAAACAGUGACUUGGAGCAACUCAAGAAGGAAUUGGAAGAGUUGGUCAAUGCUAUUGAAAAGCAUUUCUUUCAGCCAGAAAAAAAUAAACUUCAGGCCAAGGCAGAGUAAAACAGCUGAAAAUAUUUCCUUAAUUGUACUGUUUCUUUAGCACUUAGCGUAAAGCUCUACAAUAUUUAAAAAGUAGGAAUUUCUAGGACCAAAAGCCUCCAAGCUAUGAUGAAAAGUAAUUAUGAGUUCCAGUGCCCCACUUAGUGCAAUGUCUUUUUUUAGGAAGGAAAAGUGGUUUUAUUGAGCUAAAAGCAAUUGAUUCCUUAAAACCUAGAACCCAAAAAUCAUCCAGAAUUAUCUUUUGAUUAUUACAGUUUUUAUCAGUGUAAAAUGUUAUUGUAAUUAACAUAUUUUAGUUUCUGAUUUUUCUGUUUUUUGAGGCUAAUUUUGCAGCAAUAUAGAUAAUCACAUUUUUUAUGGAAACUGAAUAGCAAUGCAUAAUGUGUGUUUACAUUUAGGAUUUGCAAAGUUGGUUAAUUACCCUGUGAGGGAAUACUUGAGUGGCAAUCUGAAGAAUUUAGGUAAAAACAGUUCAGACAUCCCCAGAAUAGUAAGUUUGUAUGAGGGGCUUUAGACAGAAUAGCAGAAUUUAGCAGGGAUAUUCCUGUUUGCUUUGUUGUCUGUAAAAUACAGUAUCUUCUAGGUAGGGGUGCUGAACUCAGGUUAUGCAGACCAGCUUUCUUUGUCUAUAGAGACAUUGAGCCACCCUCAUAUCCCAGGGAUUUUAAGAUUUCUGCCAUCCCACUGAAGUAAGUACACGGUGUAGUCUGAGAAUCCUGAAUUUUGGGACAUAUCUGAUUGCAUACUACCAGAAUUGGGUGCACAUAUGCUCAUGUCUAAAUCAAGGAAGCAAUGGGCACAACACUGCCUGCCAUCUCAGUCUGGAACCUGACUUGAUAUCAAGGAAGUGUCCACUGAGGGCAGGAAAAGUCUCUCUGAAACUGAGACAAAAGCUGUUUUUCGUUCUCAGUUUGGGACACUAGAAUAGUCUAGCAUAUCCCUGGUAAACAAACGUAUUUGUGAUAUUGCUGUAUACAUUGCACGCAGGAUCACUAAGCUCUCUGUUAAAGAUGUAUCAAAUCUAAUUUAAUAUUAUUUGUAGCUAUUUUAAAUUAAUGUAUAAGGUUCCUGGUGAACCAACCUACCAAUAAAUAAGUCCCUAGCUUUGGACAAUAAUAUAACUAGCUCUUUAAUUCAGCAGAGAUAGCUGUAUCAACUUCUGUAUGGUCAGGAAGUUUUUAAAUUCUUACCAGUGUCUUCCCCUCCCCCAACUGCUGUUUGUCUGCAGAUUCAGGAAGACAUUACUGCAGUGGUUUGCUUCCAAAUGCGUAUCUUUGCACCUAUUUGGCCUUAAAAGAAAGUAAAUAUUGUAGAGAACUUUGAGGAAAUUAAGUGUUGCUGGACUUUUAUUAGGUAAAUCCAUCUCUUUUUGGGACUAGAGAAAAGUUUAAAUAAAACAAAAGAAGUGCUCGUUUUAUUAAUAAUUCAUCCUUCCCUCUGUUCUCCGUGUCCUGUUUUGUUCACCUGUUUGCAACCUGUCAAAAACCAGGAUAAAGCAGAGACCAACUUCUUCAUGUGUUUGUGGAAUGCCUCAUAUAAUGCUAAAUUAAUCUUUGAUUGGCUCCAGGUGCUAUUAAACACACUGCUGCUGAUAUAGGAAACUUUUUCAUUAACUUUGGACCAGGACUAGGCACUUUGUAAAGAAAUUCUGUGCAUCUGUGUAAUCUUCUUCUGGAAUUGAAAUGCAAGGACAUGGACUCUACCACAGGGGUAUCAAACUCAUCUGUCCCCUUAGUGUGAGAACAGCAUGGGGCUGAUCCUGUGGGCCAAAUCAGGGCCAGAGCCCACCCCCCCACUUCCUUCUCCCCUGGCAGCAUGCUGGAUCUAGCACCUAUGGCAUCCAGGGCAAGCACUGCAUGAGUCCCAUCUCAGCUCAAGCAGGCACUGGAUCGGCAUGCAAGGGACACAUGGACCCACUCCCACAAGCCAGAUCCAGUGCCUGCUCUGACUGGUCAGAGAAUACACCACAUACAGCAGCCACUGUGUACAGCUUGUGUCCUGGAGCGGGCAUCGUGUGUGAUUUAUGUACCACAGUGAGCACCAUGGGUGCUAGAUCCAGCAUGUAGAAGGGGGGUGCCAGACAUAUGGGUCUUGUAGUGCAAGUCCCAGGCCCUGCAUGUGGGGCCAGUAUGGUGCUUGCUAAGCUAGCACCAGGGGCCAGAUCUUGAUAACCCUGCUGUAGUCUGGAAAGAUAAAUAUCUUACUCAGCAGAAAAAUCCUCUUUGCUGUGUGUGAGUUACUGUCAGCACUGUUUUCAUGUUGAUGAUUGUACAAUGCCAGUGUUAGAUAAAAUGUUUGCUUUUACGUCAGCAUUUUAUGUAUGUUUUGUUGUGCUAAAAUAAAAUGCGUUUGGCAUACUGUAAUCUUGAACUGUAAAAGUAGUCUUGUUAAACACUGCUGAUUGUAUUCUAUAUAACAGGGAUAUUUGAUCAUGCAGCCCAGAUCUGGCCUGCAGAACCACUUUGUCUGGCCUGCCAGGCUGCUUGUGGGGCGUGACCUGCCACAGAAUUUCAGGUCUUCUGGCCCCACUGGCCAUGGUCACCAGUAUUGAGUUUUGGCUCACCACUGCCACCACCAGACCUCCACUGCUAGACCUCUCACCACUGCUGGACAUGCCACUAGGGUGACUGUAGCAGCUGCUCCAAUGCCCCAGCUGGAUCCAGUCUGCAAGGAGCCCUUCAGUCUGGAUCUGAACCCAGGGCUCAAGAUGAGUCUGACUGUAUAGGGCAGGGGUGUCAAACUCAUGCUGGACCCUGGGCCAUAUUCAGUUUCAGACCAGAUAGAUCUGCAGCAACUCCUGUGUUCGGGUGGCAGCAUAGUUUCACAGUUUCAUAGUGGGUAGGGUCGGAAGGGACCUGAGCAGAUCAUCCAAGAGACAUGGUGCUAGCUCCUACCCUGGGGGUCUUGAUGAUCUGCUCAGGUCCCUUCCAACCCUACCUACUAUGAAACUAUGCUGCCACCCAAACACAGCAGUUGCUGCAGACCUAUCUGGUCUGAAAUUGAAUAUGGGCCAGGGUCCAGCAUGAAUUUGAUACCCCUGCCCUAUACAGUCAGACACCUUGAGCAUGGGUCUGAGGCCAGGCAGUAGUGCAGGUCUGAGGGCAAGCAGUGAUAUAGGCAGUGGAUGGUGGCUGCGUUCAGGCAGUUGUGGGUGUUGAUGGCACCAGUCUGUCUCUAGGUAGCAGUGCUGAGCUUGGGGGGUGGGGGGGUCUUGUCAGAUGGUCUUGUCCAUUGGGGUCUAGAGACCCCAAAUUUUGAAGCAAGGCAUGCCCCCAACUUUGGUAGACCACUAGUUUACAGGCAGGCAAGAUGAAAUUGUUCUGCUGGCCAGAUCCGACCUGCAGAACCAUAUGGUUCUGUGGAUCAAAUUCGGCCAUAUGUUUGACAUCCCUGAUAUAGGGCAUCUGUCAUGAUUUUAUUUUGAUACAAGGUGGGGAAAAUAAAACUUUUAGGGCGUGAAGAAAGUCUUCAUUUCUGAAAAUCCAGAAUUUCUGUAGGUAGGAUAUUACUUCAUUUAAAAUCUGAACAUUCACUACAGAUGAAAGAUUAGCAGUCUUAAUUGUGAUUAUUUUUUUAAAAACCUGACAUCUUGCUUAUAACUCUUUGUUCUUUUCAGAUGCCAGAACAGUACAAUAAAAAUUGAUUUGCUUCACUGA